UAUCACAUCGUAGCUCUACUGUUUGUCAAGUCUCACUUGAAAACAUCCAUCGAAAGUGCUGUUGUUCUGAUUAGAGCGCGGGUGCGAGUUAAUCAAGCGAACCGUUGCGUCCUGGUCCUAAAUUUGAAAGUUCAAAUAAAGCAGCCAGCGAGUAACGAAGCAAUACUUUUACUCAUUGAAGUAUAAUGGCAUCCGGCGGCUUAACAUGUGUAAAAUACUUGACAUUCUUUUGCAAUCUUCUUUUUGCGCUCACUGGGCUUCUUAUUUUUCUGGUGGGAGGCAUGGUCCAACUAAACUAUGCACAUUAUUCGAACUUCGUUAGCGAUCACGUCUGGACCGCUCCUAUCAUACUUAUGAUUGUCGGUGCCGCUGUGGCAGUCAUUUGCUUCUUGGGAUGUUGUGGAGCCUUAAAAGAGAGCAGCUGUAUGAUACUUAGCUUUGCCCUUCUUGCCGUCGUGAUAUUUUUGUUCGAGAUCGGACUGGGCCUUGCUGGCUAUGUGAAGCAUACCGGUCUUCAUCAGAUCAUGGAGAGUCAGUUUAACUCGACCAUGCAGCACUACAAGGAACGGGCCGACUAUCGCGAUGCUUGGACUUUGCUGCAAACCGAGCUAGAUUGUUGCGGCAUCAAUGGGCCCAACGACUGGGAAACCGUUUACCGUAAUAGUACCCUACCUGCAGCCUGCUGCUCUGUAAUUAAUUUAAGCGAGGCCAAGGAAUGUACAAAUACUCACGCAACUCAGCAUGGCUGCUUGCAGAAGCUCUUAGAGAUUUUGGAUUCAAAGACCUUAAUUUUGGCCUCCGUUGUUUUGGGAGUGGCGGGUAUACAGAUGCUCACUAUACUGUUCGCUUGCUGCCUCUAUCGUUCGUUUCGCAGGAGCUACGAUCAUGUUUAAAAUGCGAAGUAGCCGAUUUUGAAAGGAAACAACAGUUUUUGGCAUACCAUGCUUCACAAGAACUAUUACAAAAAUGAAAUCACAAAAUAUUCUAUUUUACAUGCCCAUUGAAGGCUGAUUAUCUUAUUUAUAACUAGAUAUAUUAUAUUAAUUUAAUUUAUUAUAUUAAUUCUUCAAAUUAUUGUAGUUCUUCAAAAAAUAUGGGCGCAUCCGAUCCUACUACAGUUUCUUUGUUCUUUGUAAUCUGAAUACCUCAGAAUCAUCUGAUGGUUAAUGGGUUUAAUGAAGAAACCUUUGUUGUACUUUUUAAUUAAUAAUUUUUUAAUGUUUGCUUGAAUUUGUAUGCCAUAUACAAAUUUAAGUACGUUUUAUUAAGGCUGUCACUUUGGUUCGAUUUCCAUUCAUUCGUACUUCAAUAUUUCAUAUUAUAAUAAAGUGACCUUGUAGCGUUUAUCUAUGUACUACCUUUAUUCACAUAAAGAAUGUUCGAAGGUAUGUAGAGUGACGAUGUGCAUCUCUUUACAGUAAAAAAAAAACAAUUGUUUGAUAAUCAUACUACCGAUUGACCAACAAAAUAUGUGUUCAGUCAGUUCCAGGUGUAAAAGAAAAAAUACAAACUUCUCUUUUUACGUUUGUUCUUUAAGUUUUAAAACAUUUCUUUAGAAUUCGAGACUGAAUGACAUAUUUAGUGUUAUUCGAAAUGUAUUCAAAAAUGUGACGAGAGGAUACAGAAAAUUAAAUUUGAUUUACGGAACCAAAACAUUAUCAAAUAAAACUAAUGAUCUGUAAAAAUAUUUGUAUUUUUUCGGUGUUUUUCGGAAAUGUUGUUAUUAUUAAGCUCGGUUGUGGAAUUUCCUGUUAGAAUAUCCCCAAAAGAAUGUCAAUUGCAUUUCAAUUAAUUUUUGCCACAUAUUUGUUGUACGAUAUUGGGACAAUCCAGAUAGUUUGGUUCUGCCAGUAAAAAUAAUUAUUCAAGUGAGGAAUGAAAUGAAUUAACGAUUGCAAGGAAACUGCUAAAAGUCUGAGAACUGUAUAUCAUGAUGAAAAAUUGAUAUUCUGUGAACAUUUACAUAUGUAUGUGUAUGUAGCUAUUUAAAUACAAUAUUUAAAUAUAUGGUUUUCAUGUAUUGCAUUUUCUUCAGAUAAGUAGCAAUAUUUUCAACAUAAAACAUUUUAUCACAGUACAGACAAAUAAAGACAACUAAUAAAAAAACAUAAAAAAAAAUAUACCUAAAUAUAUCGAAUUUACAAUUUUCAUAUCGACUUAUAUGUAGAUUAACUUCGAGGCUUUACAAUAAAACAACCACUAUAAAACUAUUUACAUUUGUGUUUUACAAAAUAGUACUUAAUUGUCUACAAGUCUAGUCAACUUCCGAAUAUUAUGUUGGUAACUUUUUAAUUUUUUGUUUGGUUUGAAACUGUCAUUAAAAAAAACUUAGCACAUCAAUAAAAAAUAUUUUCAAUUU